CGUUGAUCAAAACAUCGUGCCACAAUAUCAGGGCGCUUACUGGCGAGAAGCCGCAUCGGAGAACGUUUACUAGACCAUUGACAACUAUUUUCGUUCUACACUGCCCGAUGUUCAUUGUCAGUACUGAAAGCUACCAAUAUGCCCUUAACUGCACAAGAGAGAACCGCUCUGAAAUCUUUGCCCAAGCGUAUCCAGCGCUCAACAGACGGAGCCCUUGAAGGCGUGGUGCAUGAUCUCCGCAAACUCCACCAUUGGGUCGAUAAUUCCACCGAUGUUGAGGCGAACAUGGCAUUGCUCCCUAUCUUUUACACCCAUCUGGAUCCAGCUGUGAUCCCCGAUCAACCUCUACCGACUGAUGAUGCCCAAGUCCUCAUUUUGGCCAAAUUGUCAUUGAUGAGUAUCGUACAAACAUGUGCUAGCUUGCGUGGAGUUCUCAACGAAAGUCUUGCGGACAAGAUGAUUACGGAUGCACUAGUGCGACGUUGGGAUACUCUCUUUCCAUGGCUGCAGUUCAUGUAUCGGCAUUUUCUACCUUUCCCGCCCCGGAGGGACCCUCCAAAAGGUUUCGACAUCUGCGAUGUAGAUGCAAUCUCCAUUGCAACUCGUGCCCUCUCGCAGAUAUCAGUCUCCGCCGCAGGACAGCACCUGAUCCAGACAAACAUAGCUGUUCAACAGUUCAUUGCGAAGCUAUGGCUUUAUAUCGGGAAAUUGAAGGAUGAGGAUUUGCUCCGGCAUGACGCAUCUUUUCGGCAUGCUGGGAAGGAGGGCGCCGAUGAUGAAAUGCCGGGACACGUGAGGAGGAUUAUGGUCGGAAUCGUUACAACGUGCAUGGGUGCGCUUCCGGUACCAUCUGCUCUGCCUACUCUGCACAACCUACUUGACGCAAUGGGUGGAUACGAACCAUUCGUAGCAUCAGCACUACGAUAUAUUCGCUGGUUCGGGAGGAAGAUCGGUGACAUGAACAAUCGCACGACUCCAAAUUAUGGACUUGUGACUGCGAUGCUGGGAUUUGUCGAUGCUUUAUCGGUCUCAGUCCGCUUUCUCUCCUUGGUCAGCGUCAUGGACUCUACGUGCCAAGAAGAACUCAUCUUGCACGGCGCACCUUCGGAUGUUGUGACAGCUAUACUUCAAACAUGGCCGGUUCUCGCUGGUACGAGGGUCAGUUCCUCGACGGAAACCUCGGCUGCAGAGAGAUGCACUAUGAUCCUGGAGGAUGCCUGCGAUUAUAUAGAUGUGAUACUGCGUCAAUCAGAGGCAUGCAUUCCAGCUCUAUGUCAGGUCCUCGAUGCCGGAUUUAUCCAGUUGGUGCUGCAGGGUGGGUUCCGCUGCCCGCAGAUGGCCUCCGGUGUCCUCAAGCUCAUCCCGCCAUUUUUGAUGUACCAUAAAGUAUUGCACCACUUCCAAAAGGCAAUGGAUCGAACUGCCGAUGGAAUAGCUCGUCUCGGACCUUACGCAAAGAAAGACGAUGAGGUGCAACAGUCAUGGAUUUCGGUCCAGCAAGCGGCCCGUCAGAUACUCAAUAUCUGCAGGAAAACCAGUCCAUUGCCUUUUUAUGAACAAAAGUGUGCGAAUUUAGAGUGUCCGUAUGACAACGAUAAACGUCCGCACUAUCGGUGCUGUGGGUGUUUCGUCGCACGAUAUUGUUCCCGGAGUUGCCAGAGAACAGAUUGGAAGAGCAGACAUCGUACUGCAUGCCCUGUCCUCCAUUCAGCUGGUGGUUUUGACGGGUCCAAACACAUUCGGGGUAGCCUUCCUCUCAUCAUGCUUGUGGAAACCUUCAACUACUCGCUAUACGCUGAUCGAAUACAAGAAGCCAUGGAACAAGCACGAAAGGAUUACCCAAAGGAUAUUGAUCGUCUAGUUUUAGAAACAAAUCUUUCAGCUUACCCAGUCACUUUCUCUGCACGACCAGUUCAACAAUACGCUGACAAGUUUGACCCCCGGUUCGAUCCCGUUAUGCUCAAGGAGCUAAGGGGAUUACCUGGAAAGCACAUUCUGAUGGCCCUCAAACUCAGAGCAGGCCGAGAGGAAUGCGUAGUGCUCAGUCCGAGGGUGGGUCUUACACUAGCUUUCCAGUGGCCGGCUGCCAAGGAGGAAGAAGCAGUAUUAUCUUCUGUUCAAGAAGCGCUAGUUUCACGCCUCGCAGUAGGCCCAGGUAACGUAAUCAAAAGGGGAGAAGGUUUCAAAGUGGUAGAAUACAGGCAGCAACCGAUGACCCAGCCCGCGACUUCGUUUAAUGGAUAAUUUGGUUCAUCUUAUACCUAUUUAGUGGUUUGGUUGAGAGUAAGGUAUGCAACAUACACGUGCAUAGUACUUUGCUCGUCGACCCUUGCUCGGCAGUGGUGACUCGAUGGCAUUGUUCCAAGUUCAAACGGUGCCUUACCGUUCGGAUGCUAGCACCCGC